AUGAGCUUCUCCAUGGCAAGUCUGAUCGAGAAGUUGAAUGCACGGGAUAAAGAUGAGCGGUACAUGGCAAUGCACGACUUGUCAGCAGAUCUGGACAGAGACACAAUCAAACUUGAGAACGAGCUUGAGAGAAGAGUCGUCAGCAUUAUUCUUAAGCACUUGGAGGACACCAGUACCGACGUCAAGCAGCAAGCCGUGAGAACCAUUGCUUCACUUGCAAGGAAGGUACAAGAACCACAACUAGAAGAGAUCGCGGACAAGCUUGCAACGCACAUUAUCAACAAGACUGACGAGGAGAGACGGGAUAUUGGCAGCAUUGGCUUGAAGACGCUUGUUGGGGUCGUGAAUCAGCAGACGGCACCAGCUGUUCUUAAGCGGGUCACCCCAAAGCUGCAAAUUGGUAUCCAAGGAGAAACCGAGGUUGCCCAUUACUGCUUAGAAAUUUUGAACGACCUCCUCAAGAACUUCGGUAUGCUGAUGCAGAGAGAGCUUCCAGCGUUGCAGACAAGCAUUUUGCCGAUGCUGGCUUCUCCCAUAGCUGCCACUCGGAAAAGAGUGUCCAUUUGUGUUGCGUCCCUUGCUAUCUGUGCGCCAGACCAGCUGUUUGCAAACUUAGUCAGCACAAUCUUCGUUAGCAUGGGAGAAGCGAAGAGCCCUGAUGAGAUCCGAACUUUCAUUCAAACUAUAGCUGGAAUAUCUCGUUCGGUAGGACAUCGUUUAGGAAGAGAGCUAAAACGAAUUAUUCCGCUCUUGAUUGAGCUCUGCGAGAGCCCAAAACAUCAAGAAGACGUAGAAAUGCUCGAAAAUUGUCUUCAAGCAUUUGAAUCGUUUGUUCUCCGUUGCCCCAAGGAAAUUGGAUCGCAUCUAGACAAGAUCGUCAACAUUUCUCUUAAGUUCAUCAAAUAUGACCCCAAUUAUGCCGAUGAUGAGGAUGAUGGCGAUGAUAUGGAAGAAGAUGAGCAGGAGGAGGACGAGUUCUCUGAUGACGGCGACUACAGCGGGGAUGACGACAACAGCUGGAAAGUGAGGAGUGCUGCUGUUAAGUGCUUGGCUGCAGUCAUUCGCACCAGACCAGAAAUGCUGAAAGAGCUCUACGAGGCCGUUCUCCCUCAACUCAUCAUCAGAUUUCGAGAACGAGAAGAGAUUGUGAAGAUGGAAAUCUUUUCUGCCCUAAAGGACUUACUUCGACAAACGCAAGGCCGUACGGCAAACCCUGAUGCAAUGGAUGAAGACCAUCCAUCAGGAAAUGAUUCCCAUCAUUUGCCAAAUACAGUUGUAUCCAUGUUGGAUGUGGACAAACUUGUCAAAGCAAUCACAAAGCAAAUGAAAGACAAAUCGUUCAAGACCAAAGAAAGAUGCCUCGAACUUUUGCGAGAGCUCAUCCUUGUGCUAAAUGGAGGCUUGAAUAACUACCUUGUAAACUUGGUUCCGGAUAUUGCCAAGGCAAUUGAGAAGAGUGCAAAGACUUCUCUCAAGGUCGAGGCCCUUACUUUCCUUUGUCUGCUUCUUGAAAAGCAUCCUGGUGCUGACUUUUCAAAGCAUGUCAAAGAUCUUGGGCCAUCAGUGCUUGCAAGCGUAGCUGACAGCAAUUACAAGAUUUCAGCUGUGGCGUUACGAGUAUGUGGUAGAUUCACAACCGCGAAGCAUGGCGGAAAGAGACUGUUGCAGGGAGAAGACCAAUUCAUUCAAAACAUGUACACCUCUGCGUUCGGCAGAUUGAAUUCGCAAGAUCAGGACUUGGAGGUCAAGGAGGCAGCUAUCCUGACGAUGGGUGAGAUCAUAGCCACACUCGGUGAUAUUGUCGGCCCCUCAAACUUGAAUGGAUGCCUUCCUGUCUUGCUAGAACGUCUGAGAAAUGAGACCACCCGAGUGACCUCCUUGAAAGCCAUUGCAACUGUUGCAAAGAGCGAUCUGCAAAUCGAUAUUUCCAUCAUAUGCAAGGAUGUGAUUCUGGAAUGCUCCACUUUCCUUCGCAAGAAUGACAGGGCUUUGAAGCAGGCCGCACUGAUGACCCUCAAUUCCUUGAUUGCUUCUUAUGGAAAAAUGAUAGGAGAUUCCCUCUAUGAGACAGUUAUGAAGGAGUUGACUAUUCUUGUUUCGGACGCGGAGCUUCACCUGACGCACCUCGCGUUGCAACUGUGCUCUUGUAUGGUUUCGAAGUCUCCAAAUGAGAACGUCAAUCUAAUUCAUUCUUACAUACUCCCGCGUGUACUCGUGCUCUUACAAUCUCCUCUUCUUCAAGGCAUUGCGAGAAACUCUCUGAGGUCACUCUUUGCGAACCUUGUUCAGGCAGGGUCCGGAUCAAAAUACAAAGAAUUGCUUGGCCAACUUCUCGGAAUUGUUGAUGGAGGAAAUCAGCUUUCGAGGCAAUCACUUUCUUCCAUUGCACAAUGCGUCAGUAGCCUCUGUGGGGCGGUUGCUGAUAGCGAGAGAAUUGCAACCCUCCAAGGGUUCAUGAAUACCUUAGGCAAUCCUUCUGGCGCUGAGCAAAUGAAGCAGCUUCUGUUGCACUGCGUAGGUGAAAUUGGCCGGGAGUUCGAUCUAUCGCAAUUCUCCCUCGAGAAUGUCAUCAUGAAUUCGUUUACAUCUACAUCAGAAGAUACCAAGGCGGCUGCAUCAUACGCUCUUGGGUCAAUUGCAAUGGGCGCAAUCAGCAAAUAUCUCCCGUACAUUCUGACCCAAAUUGAGUCUCAAGCCGAAUAUCGAUAUCUGCUGCUGCAAUCGCUUCGUCAGCUCAUCACGUUGAAAGCUAGUGAUGGAGGAAUAGGGAAGGGUCAUGACUCGCUUGCCGGUCACAUGUCUACAGUCAUGAAUCUCCUCAUGGAUCAGUGCGACUCAGAUGACGAAGGUGUGCGGAGCAUGGUGGCGGAAUGCUUGGGCAAACUUGCGCUGAUCGCACCAACUGAGGUGCUGCCCAAGCUGAAGGAACUGAUAACGCGGGACAGCGUCGAGACGCGAGCCACUGCUGUGCAUUCAUUGAAAUUUACCAUCACGGAUAAUGCCCCAGUGCAAGAACUUGCCACAUGCAUAACUGAUUUCUUGCUUCUCCUCAAGGAUGACCACAUCAUGGUCCGUCGCGCCGUUCUCACCACCCUCAAUUCUGCAACUCACAACAAACCUGCCCUUAUUCGCCCACUCCUCAAGACUGAUUGGUUGCUGCCUUCACUGUAUGGAGAAUCUGUGUACAAACAAGACUUGGUGCGCACUGUAAAUCUAGGCCCUUUUCAACAUAAAGUAGAUGAUGGAGCUGAACUACGCAAGCUGGCACUUGCAGCCAUGGAUACUCUGCUGGAUAAGUGUGCAGAGCAGCUUGACACCUCUGCUUUCCUCCAUCACUUACAGGACCGUCUGAGUGAUGAACUGGACGACAUCAAACAAGCUGCAUACCAAAUGCUCUGCAAGUUGGCUGUUCGUGAACCAUUCUUCGUGCGGGAGGUGCUCGAUACGCUGGCGGAUCCUCUCAAGACGGUGCUCAACAAGAAGACAAAAGAAAACGCGUCGCCGCAGGAUGUCGAGCGUCACAACGAGCUGCAGCGAUCGGCUAUGAUCACGGUGGCCACAUUGAACAAGAUGCAUGACAGCAACACUUGUCACAAGUUUGUUAGCAUGUACGAAUCCAUACUACAAGAUGCCAAGCUCAAGGCUUUGCUAGAGUCUGUCAGCAACGACACAGAAGGUUCGACGAGUGUGGCUAUGGAGUUCUAA